CUGGAACCUGCUUUAACGCGAGUGGCCUCAGUUGGCUGCCAACGACUGGAGCGAACGGUCUAUUUGAAAAAUGUUUGGCAGCAGAGGGAUCUUGGCGCUUGGAGUGCUGCUGCUGAUAUCGGUUAUUGGUGGUCAAGCUGAGUCUAUCCCCUGCAAACUAAAGGAUGCGGACCACGGCAAGGUGUGCGUCUGCACAGCGGACUAUUGUGACUACUUGGAAAACCCCAUCCUGACGGAGGACAACGAGUUCGCUUUGAUUUCCAGCUCCAAACUGGGUUUGCGGUUCGCCACUUCCAGUGGAAAAUUCGGCACGGAGGAGAAGUUCACGGUGCCGGACUAUGUAGAGCCCGCUCCGGAGGCUGUGAAUGCCACAAUCCUUUCCCGCCUGCUGGACAAAGUGGUGGCUAGUGCCUUUACUUUGGACAGCCGAGAGAGCUCCAUUACUCGCUCGGUGACCCUGCAGUUGGACCGAAGUAAGACCCAUCAGAAAAUGGUGGGUUUUGGAGGCAGCUACACCGGGGCUGUGACCUAUCUGGUGGAGAACUUUAAGCAGCCGGAGCUGGCCGAUCAUCUCUACAAGUCUUUCUACGCGGAAGAGGGUGCUGGCUUUAACCUGAUGCGCGUCUCGAUCGGCGGCUGUGACUUUGACCUCGAAGCCUGGGCCUAUGCCGAGGAAGAGGGCAACACCCAACUCUCCGGCAUGGAUGAACUAGACGCACGGGACGUGGAGCGCGUGGCUCAGAUCAAGCGUCUCGUUGAGGUUUCCGGGGUGAAGAAUCUUUUGGUCAAGGGAGCCGCCUGGAGUGCUCCGCCUUGGAUGAAAACCAAUAACAAGUGGACCGGAUUCGGACGCCUCAAGCGGGACUACUACCAGACCUGGGCCGACUAUCAUCUCCGCUGGAUAAAACUAAUGGAGGACAACGGUAUUCCCAUCUGGGCCAUUUCCACGGGCAAUGAGCCGCUCAACGGCAUAUUUUUCAUGUUUUUCGUGAAGUUUAUGAGCAUGGGAUGGACACCGCAGACGCAGGCCAUUUGGCUGAACGAUUACCUGGGCCCCGCGAUCCGUAACUCCGAGUUCAAGGACAUUAUCCUCUUCGGAAACGACGACCAGCGGUACUCCUUUCCCCACUGGUUCAAGAUGAUGAACUACACUCGGCCCAAUUCGAUUGAUUAUCUUGAUGGAUUAGCGCUGCAUUGGUAUUGGGAUGAGAUUUUCGGCAACAGCUUUAUUGAGCAAACCAAGGCAUAUGUCCCGGACAAGAUCAUGAUUGUGUCAGAGUCCUGCAUCGGUGAUAAGCCCUGGCAGGCGGCUGCUCCUCUGCUGGGUAGUUGGGAGAGGGCUGAGAAGUACGUCCGCGACUAUUUGGCCAACAUCAAGCUGGGCUUCCAUGGCUGGAUUGACUGGAACAUAUGCCUGGACGAGGCGGGUGGGCCGAACUAUGUGGACAACACUGUUGAUGCUCCCGUUAUCGUGAAUACCACAACCUUUGAUGAGUUCUACAAACAGCCCAUGUUCUACGGCAUUGGCCACUUCUCCAAGCUGGUUCCUGAGGGUUCUCUGCGGAUUGAUGCCAUUCCAAGUAACGUCAAUCUAGACACGGUGGCCUUCCUGCGCCCGGACAAUAAAAUUGCCGCCGUUCUAUUCAAUAGCGGACGCGCUGAUCUGGACAUCUCGGUGGUGGACAGUGUUCGGGGCAAGUUCACCGUGAAUAUUCCAGCCAAAUCCAUUCACACUUUGCUGUACAAUUAAACAAAGUUACGAAAUAAAUUUGGUUUAAACUUAAA